UUCACAGUGAUCCACGAGCGAAAUGUCUCCUAAAAAUCAAGUGCUACCCUUAAGUUAUCUGUCCCUGCAGGUUAUUUCAAGCAAGAUAAUCCACGCCCUGGCUGACGACGAAGGCGUGAACUACACGAUAGUGGAAGAUUACUUGCUCAGUGCAACUUACGAAGUGAUACAAGACUUGUUAAAAAAUAUUCUAAAUUCUGUGAACUUGGACGCCUCAACAAGAUACAGUUGUCUGCAAGUUUUGCUGCGCGAGGACGUUAAAAAGUUAGACACCGGCAUAUUUCCCAACUCGUAUUACGCUCAAAUAUUAGAAACAAUAGGUGCGAAGGGGAAAAGAUUGCAACAGCUUAAUUUGAAAGGUGUAUGGGUGCGGGACUACCCCGCCCUGCUUUCAAAAUUAAUUCGAAGUUUAAAGCAUCUAAAGGUUCUAAUUAUCCCGCACAUGGCAGAUGAUUCCGUGAUAGAAGCGAUCGUGCAGUGCAAGGAAAUAUCGGUGUUAGACAUUUGCGGAGAGGCGUGUUAUACGACCGAUGGCAUUCGGAAAUUAAAAAGUGACAAUAUUCGAGUUCUAGACAUUGGAAAUUUCGGCAAAUUGGACUUGUGUCAGCAGGAAUCUGGCGGUCCAGAAUUAAUUGCGGAGUUAAUACAAACUUUACCGAACCUGACAAGUAUUCGAACAUACUCAUUCACCGGACAGGCCUUAUUGAUUCUCUACAACAAAGAUCCGACAAUUAAAACAAAACUGGCAUAUCUACACGAUACAGGAACGAGUUUAGACGUGAUGACGGCAAUAAUAAAUUCAUGCCCGCAUUUGGAAAGCAUUCAUAUCGACAGUCCCCAGAGUGGUGUCAUCGAGAAAUUCGUCAAGCUAAAGCGUCUGAACUGCCUCAAACUGACUAAACCUAUUGGGGAUGAGUUCGUACAAUAUUUAAGAGUGGCAGGAUCUCAGCUUCAAGUGCUCAAGCUGAACCACAACAAAAAUUACACGCUGGAUCUGUCCGAGAUAUGUCUCUGCGCUCCCAAUCUCCGAACGCUGGAAUGUUUCCAAAUGAAAUUAACAUUCUCCCAAUUAGAUACUUUUUUCAUGUGUCUGGAGAACGUGGAACUGCUUUACUGCGACACGUCCGACUUCGUGCUGAAGUUAAUUUUAUCCAACAGCCCGUUCCUGAAACGAAUCGUCGUGGGCUGCGUUAUCAACAUGACGGACGGCGACGUGUUUCGUUUGUGCGCCGAAUGCGAGUUUCUCUCACUCGAAGAGUUAUGGUUUUCGUGCGCUCGCAGAUUGACGGCAACUUCGGUCGAACUUCUAAUGGGUCACUGUCCAAAUUUAAAAGUUAUAGGUCAACUGAGCGGAUGGGAUAUCCAUCAGGAAGAACUCGAUUAUCUGCGGCUGGUGAUAACGGCCACCAACACUGAUCUUACCUUGCUACCUGUUGGAAGUGGACCUUGAUAAUUGUAUAAUGUUUAGUUAAUAU